AUUAAUGACGUCGGUUAAGGCACUUCAUCUUUACGAUCACUGUCCGUUUUGCGUUCGAGUUGAACUUGCACUCGGCUGGAUGGAAAUUAGCUAUCAAAGAAUAUUUUAUGGCUACGGGGAUAUGGAGGGGCCUAAAAAACUUACUGGAAAAAAAAUACUUCCGGUGCUUGAGGAUUCUGAUGGCAACUACCACGCGGAGUCGCUGGAUAUUGUCGAAUGGAUUCAAAAAGCUUAUCCUGAUAAACUUUGCCUUGCUAAGCAGAGCGAAAGAAAAGAUUUAAAAUCUUGGUUUGAGCGGUUUCAGCCCGUUUCUUCUUCUCUCACGUGCCCUCGUCUUUGCAAGCUCACUCAUCUAAAGGAUUUUUCUACUAAAGAAGAUGUAGAAUAUCAUCAUUCCAAAUAUGAAAGUCGAAACGUUGAUUUAAAAAAACUUUACGACGACUCACCAAAAUAUAUAAAAGAAAUGAACUCUCUACUUUUCGAGUUUGAUAAGAAUUUGUUACAAUCUUCAAAAGCUAUAACGGGUUCUUCCUAUUCGAUGGAUGAUAUUAUAUAUUUGCCUUGGCUUCGCAAUAUUACCGUUGUGAAGGGCGUGGAGUUUCCUAAUAAACUUAAGGAAUACGUGACAAACGCGUGUCGUGAGGCUGACGUCCAAUUAUAUACCAACUAUGCUUGCUAG